AUGACCCGGAAGCGGGCCUAUAACUGGUUCAUCUCAUGCGUAGCGGCAGCAUGCAUGGUGUUGUAUGGAUACGAUGCCUCCGUCUUCAAUUCCGUCCAGGGAUCUAAAAAUUGGAUGGCCUGGUUCGGUGAACCCAACUCCACCGUGAUCGGUUCUAUCAACACUGCUUAUACCGUCGGCGCUAUCUUUGGAGGUUUCUUCCUUGGUGGCCCUAUCGCCGAUUACUUUGGUCGUAAGGUCGGAAUGGGAGUCGGCUGUGUUCUGGUCAUCAUUUCUACUUUUAUGCAGACAUUUGCUCCUCGUGGCAACCUUGCAUGCUUCAUCGCCGGACGAUGCAUCAUUGGUAUUGGCCAGGGUAUCGCUUUGACAUCGGGCCCUAUCUAUAUCGGCGAGCUUGCACCUGCUGAGAUCCGUGGAAAGAUCAUGACCUUUUGGCAAAUGUUCUAUUCUGUUGGUUCCUUCAUCUGCUUCUGGAUCAACUUCGCCUGCACAAAGAAUGUUCCCAAGUUGGGUGAAUGGGACUGGAAGAUGGUUGUCAUGUUCCAACUCUUGGUUCCGGUUAUAAUCCUUGCCCUCCUGCCCACUAUUCCUGGUAGUCCCCGUUGGUUCAUCAAACGUGGAAACAAUAUCGAGAAAGCCCGCGCCGCCCUCCGCAGAGUUCGUGAUACCGAGGAAGAGGUCGAGGACGAGCUUCUACAGAUCCGUGAAGCUAUCGAAUAUGAGAAGGAGGCUAUUUCCGGAAACUACUCUGCUCUAUGGAAGGACAAGUCUCUGCGCAAGCGUAUGCUCCUCGCUUUGAUCAUCAACGCUGGUCAACAAAUCACUGGUCAAGGCUCGCUCAACUCGUACUCUACCAAGAUCUACCAGAAGAUUUUCACUAGCAGCAGCCAAAUUGCCCUCAUCAACGCCUUGAACGCUACAUUCGGUAUUAUCUUCACCCUUAAUGCCGUGUGGAUCAUCGACCGCUUCGGACGAAAGUUCCUUCUCAUCGUCGGUGGUAUCGGUAUGGGUAUCUGUAUGAUCAUUGUUGCCAGUGUUGAAACUCAAACGCCUGUUUUGGCCGGUGGAGCGAAGUCUGAACCGGUUGGAAUAUCGAUUGUCUUCCUUUUAUUCUUAUUUAUCUUCUUUUACAAGCCAUCAUGGGGUGCCACUGUUUGGAUUUGGACAUCGGAAAUCUUUUCCAUGAAUGUUCGCGCCCAGGCUGUCGGUAUGGCUUCGCAGACUCAAAACGUCGCAAACACCAUCUUCCAACAGUUCUUCCCUAUCUUCCUGGACAACUGCGGCUUCUACGCAUUCUACAUGUUUGCCGGAAUCAACUUCCUGCUGGCUGUCUUCGUAUACUUCUUUAUUCCAGAGACUAAGCAGGUCCCUCUCGAGGAGAUUGAUGCUCUGUUUGGCGGUGCCAACCACGUUGUCCAGGGCGAGGAGGUUCUUGCUCACCAAAAGGGUAUUCAAGCCGCAGGAACAGAGACCAGCGAGAAGCCCGCGACAGUCACGGUUGAGAAGGUUGAACAUCGCUGA